AAUUUUCAUUGCUUUUUCUUCUUACACAACAUUAUUACUUACUGCAGAUAUCGAUAAGGGUAAAAACAAAAUUUUUUUUCUCAUAUUACUCUAUUAUUUUUAUUUAAACGGAUCAAAAUUUCAUUUCAAUCACAACAUAAUAGAACUUCGUUGAACAGUUCAAACUUUAAAAAUUUACAAUGGAUACAUUUUGUAGCAUGUCAAAUUCAUCCGGUCCGGAAUAUAAAGAAGUUUAUACUUCAGAUUUUAAUGACUUCUAUCAGUCAAAUUCAAGAAUAAUUAAAGUGAAAAAGAGAAAAUGGAACCAAUCUAUCUAUGAUAACUGUUAUUCGGAGGCUCCAACAAAAAAAGUAGUUUCAAACGAAUUAUGUUUUCAACAACGACCAGCUGAAACUACUACACUUUCUUUAUUCGAACUAGAUUUAUCUACUCUAUGUCCUGGAUAUUCAACAAACGAAACCAUUCAUUCAAAAGUUGGAUCAAACAAGAAUUCAUCUUUGAAUGAGCAACGACCCGAAGGGGUUCUAUCUUUAUUAGGUCCUCUCUUUACAUCAGGUUCAGAAUAUCCAACAAAAGAAACAUUUCGGAAGAUUAUACCGCCAUUGUCGAAUGAAUGUUCAAUUGAAGAAACUUUAGCUUUACCUGAGCUAGGGAUGUCUCCUAAAAGAAUCCAUAAAACAGAUUUAAAUUUGUUCAAUUCUGAUUCGACUUUUUCGUUAAAUUCAAAGCAACAUGCAAAAGCAACUCUGAGUUGUCUGAAUCAAGUAUAUCCUUUGACUUCGAAUAAACUAAACAGGGAGAAAUAUGUCGAAAUAGAUGAUCCUAUGGAUAUGACAAAUUAUAUUGAAGACGAAGAAAACUUUUGUUUUUAGUAUUUGAUUCUAGCUUUCCAUGUUUCAAUCAGUUUUAAUUUUUGAAUGUAAAUAACAUAGAAUUUCGAUUCAUAUUUUAAUUUUCGAAAUAUAGAGAUAUUAAAUAUAAAAAAUGCAAAAAAAAAGAAAAAAGUUAUGUAUUAAGCUGAUAUUUGAGGCACAGCAUCUGACUGUGCAAAGAUUAUCGACAAUGAUUAUCAAUAAAAAGAU